AUGAACAAGAUAAAAAUAAGAAAAUUUGAAGACCCACAUGUUUGGAUAUAUGAAAAUGUAUUAUUAAAUAAAACAUUGAAUUUAAAAGAUAUCGAAAAAAAAAAAAAAGAUAAUAAGAAUUUUUCAAAUACAUUAUUACAUGAAGAAGCUUCAAAGAAAUUAAAAGGAAUAUUAAAGGAAUGUAAAAAAUAUGAUAAAGAAUUACAAGAAAUUAAGAAUAAUAAAAAAGAAUCCUUUGUUUUAAAGAAUUCUUUACAUCCAAAUAAAAAAAUAAAUUUAAAAUUUUUAUUGAAUGAUAACCAAUUUAAAGGAAAAAAUGAGGAAGAGAGGAAAAAUUUUAAAUUAAUUUUUAAUGAAAAUAAAAAUAUGUAUAUUAGGAAUAAUCAAAAAGUAUAUGAUAAUAUAAUAAAUAUAAAAAGGAACCAUAAAAUAACAUCUACUAAUAAUAUAAACAACAAUAAUAAUAAUGAUAAUAUACAACAACAACAACAUAAUAAUAAUAAUAUAUUAGAUCAUAUUAAAAAAAUCCAAAAGGAAAAAAUUUCGAAAUUAUAUUCUGUUUUUAAUAAUCACGUAAAUUAUUAUGAUAAUUAUUUAAAGGAAAAAUAUAUGAAGGAGGAAUAUUUGUUAAAUGAAAAAUAUCAAUAUGUAUCUCCACAUCUUAAUAAUUACAAUGAUCAUGAUAUAAAACAUGAUGAUAUUUAUAAGGAUGAUUCCAUUGUGUCUAAUACAAACAACAAUAAUGAUAAUAAUAAUAAUAAUAAUAAUAAUAAUAUUUGUAGUAGUAAAUUUUCUUCUUGUGAUCAUAUAUAUCUUACUAAUUGUUCUAAUAAUAAUCAAGUCACAGAUACAAAUUUAAAAUUAAAUGUAUCUACUAAUAAUAUACACGUUUUAAAUGAUGAACAAAGGGGUGAUACCAUCCAUCAUAAUAAUGUUCAUGCAAAGGAUUUAUAUGAUAAUCAAGAAAAUGAAAAUAAUCGAAAUGAAACAUAUGUAUUAAAAAUGAAUAAUAAAUAUGAUGAUAAUAAGAAGAAGGAGAAGGAUGAUGUGAAUAAUAAUGUGAAUAAUAACCCGACGGAUGACAUUAUAUUCAACACGUUAAACACAAACCAGGGGAAUACCACAAAUUAUUCCUUAUACAAUAUGAACAACAAACAAUAUGAAUCUAUAAAGUAUGAUAAAAACAAUUCUGAGGAUUUUCCUUUGAAUUAUAAGAAUGAAACCUCCUAUUUGAAGACUGAAGAAAAUUUCAAUGACACAAAAAUAUGUGAUGAUAAUAUAUAUGUUAAAAAAAAUGUAUACAAUAAUAAAUAUAAUAGUAUGAAAGACUUUUUUGUGAAAAGUUUCAAUAUUUUAAAUACAAUGAACCAAACGUCCUUGUAUGACAAACGAAAUGAUGAUUUUUCAAACGUGGAUGCGAUGAAUAAUGUUUUGAAUGGUGGUAGUGUUCUAUCUAUAUUAAAAGAACUAAAAGAAAAUAAAGAAAAAGAAAAAAAUAAAACUGGAGUAUAUAAGAAGGAUAAUAAUACAUUACACAAGGAUGAUGAAAAUGAUGUUUCUAUGAGUAGUAUUUUUACAAAUAAUAUGAAAGAAAAAAAAAAUAACCAAAAAGAAGAAGUGGCAAAUGAUAAUAAGAAUGAAUCAUUAUAUUCAUAUAGAACAAAUGACAUGAACAAUAAUAAUAAUACUAAUAAUUAUUAUUAUUAUAAUGAUGAUAAUAAUUUGAAGGAAAAUUUGAUAAGUUAUAAAAAAAAAGAAAGGAAUAAAAAUAAGCAGAUUAAACAGUUUGAAUAUUUAGAUAGUAAUAAUAUAACAGUUAAUUCAUUGAGUAAUCAUUUAGAUAUAGAUGAAGAGAAAAUAAUAAAUGUUUGUAAAUAUAUAUUAGAUAAUGAUUAUAUAUAUAAAUAUACAAAAAUUGAAAAAGAAGUUGUUGAAUUAAUAUGUGAAGAAUUAAAUGUUUUAGACAAAUUAAAAUUUAGUUGUGUCAAUUUACAAAGAAGAAAUCCAAUAGUAACUAUAUUAGGACAUGUAGAUCAUGGUAAGACAACUUUAUUGGAUCAGCUGAGAAAUUCUAAUAUAGCUGGUGGUGAGAUAGGUGGCAUUACUCAAAAAUUGGGAGCAUUUGAAGUAGUAUGUAGAGAUGAUGAGAUGAAAGAAAAUGAAAAUAAAAACAAAUCUAUCAUUAAUAAUAAUAAUAAUAACAAAUGUGGUGAAUAUAAUAAUUAUUGUCAUAAUUCAUUUAAUUAUGAUAAUAGAAAAAUUACUUUUUUUGAUACCCCAGGACAUUCUGUAUUUAAAACGAUUAGAAAAAGAUGUGUGCAAUGUAGUGAUUUAAUCAUAUUAGUAAUAUCUUUAGAUGAUGGAAUUAUGAGUGAAACCAUUGAAUGUAUUGAACUAUCUAAAAAAUAUAAUACUCCACUUAUUAUAGCUGCAAAUAAAAUUGAUAAAUAUCAUAAAAAUAUUGAAGAACUUUCAAAAAGUUUAUUAAGUUAUAAUAUAGUUACUGACUUAGAAAAUGGAGAUGUGCCAAUAGUUCCUAUAUCUGCAAAAAAAAAUAUAAAUAUUGAUAUUUUAAAAAAAAAAAUUUUAGAAGUUAGCAAUAAAUUAAAUUUAAUGUGUGACUAUGGAUCAUUAUGUUCAGCAUAUAUAUUAGAAAAAAAAGUAGAUGCAUCUAAAGGCAAAUUAUUAACUGUUAUAUGUAAAUCUGGAAUAUUAAAAAUGAAUACAUAUUUUGUAAUUGGACAUAAAUAUGGAAAGAUCAAAAGAAUAUAUAAUAGUAAUAAUCAAAUAGUAUCACAAGCAUAUCCAUCAGAAGUAGUACAAAUAAUAAGUUCAAUUCCUUUAUCAUAUGAUAAUAUAAAUUAUGGAGAUAUUAUGUUUGAAAUGAGUACUUUAAAAUCUGCUCAGAGAGUAUCUAAAUAUAAGUUAAAAUUAGCUCAAUAUAAUUUAAUCAAUCGUUCUUAUAUGAACAAUACUACUGAAGAUGAUAUAUAUAAAAAUGUAGAAAAAAAUAAAAAUAAUUAUAUUCAUAAUAAUGAUAAUAAUUUACACAAUCAUAUGAACAACCAAUCACAGAAUGGGUUACCACCUUUAUUUGAUAGUAGUAAUAAAAAAAAAAAUAUAUAUAUUAACAAAAAAGAAAAUAAAUAUAAUAAUAAAUAUGAUUCAAAUGUAGAUAAUAUAUUAAAUAACUUCAAUAGUAAAAAUAAUAACUCCAGUGGUUCUACUUUAGCUUUAAAUUCUUUUAAAUUACCUCAAAUACCUUUAAUUGUCAAAACAUGUGAUGAAGGUAGUUUAAGUGCUAUAAUUGAAGGAGUCGAAUCUUAUAAUAAAAAUGAUUCUAAAGAAAAAUAUUAUAAUAUACAAAAUUUUAUUGAUAGGAAUUAUAUAAAUAAGAAUAUAUUAAAUAAUGAUAUUAAUAAUAUAUCUAAAGAAUUAUUUUCAAAUUGGUAUCCUUUAAAAAUUAUAAAUAAAGGUAUAGGCACAUUUCAUAGUAGUGAUUUAAAAUAUUGUGAACAUAUAAAUCCAUGCUUUCUUAUUUCAUUUAAUGUUGAUGUUAAUUUUAAAUUAUUACAACCAUAUAUAGAAAAUCAUAAUAUUAUCUUAAGAAAUCAUAAUAUUAUAUAUGAACUCUUUAAUGAUAUAGAAAAUAUGUGUAAUUUUUAUUUCGAUUCUUUACAUGUCUAUGAACCUGUCUCAAAAAUGGUAAUAAAUAAAACAGGUUAUUAUUCUAUUAAAAAAAAUAAAACAAAAAAAGUUGUCAUAUCAGUAGAUAUAAAAGAAGGAUCAUUUACAUCACAUGAAUAUUUUACAGUUAAAAGAAAUAAACAAAUUAUUCAUAAUAAAAUUCAUAUACUUUCUAUGCAAAAAAAUAAACAAAAUACGAACGAGCUAAAUAAAUCAUGUAAUGUUAAUGCUAUCAUAUUUAAUAUUAAUUCUGAUGAUUUUGAGGUAGGCGAUGAAAUCGUGGCCUACAAAAAGGUUGUCAGAUCCCCCCUCUUUAAUAGAAUAAAAUCUUUUAACCUUUCUUAA